AUCAAUAAGGUUGACUGAAGUAAAGUGUGGAGGUCCGACCGUGUAACUCUCUAUUAAUAGCAUAUCGAGUCGUGUGCUGGCUGAACAGACGAGCCAGGCUACUUCCCUGCUAAAAGUAGGAGCGGUAAAAGCGAUGUGUGAGAUAAGGCUGGAGGAAUUCCUGCUUUCGCCUGGGGGCAGUCAGUUAGUCAGAGCCACAAACCAGUCCUACUGAGAAGAGCCAGCCGGGCUGCUUGGCACUUUUACUCCAUGUGUCUUACAUUUUACAUGUCGAGCUAAAACAAAGCGGAUUGAACCAGGCGCUGAUGAAUGACAGCGAGCGAGUGACUUUAGUGACAGCUUGGCUAGGCGACUUUGAAAGGAAAACUGGGAUAAAACUAACUUCGGACAGAGCUUAGAUCCUGCUUCACUUCCCGAGGAGGUCUACGGUUCGCUCGUUUCGGAGGUGCCGGGCUUUGGGCUCGUCCACCGGCGCUCUGCUGGGACUUGAAGGUUCCCAGCGUGGCUCUGCCUUUCACAUGUCUCUGCUGAGGAGGACUUUAACCUGCCCGCACUUCCAGCAUGUCGACCGGAGCCGAGAGGAGACUCGAGUCUCGCAUGAGGAAAGUGGAGGCGAUGAUAAGGGACCAGCGGUCAGCCUUGAAUCUGGAAAGCUUGCUGGAUUCCGUGAACGCCUUGGCCCUGGACCUGAAUCACCCUGCGCUGCGGAAGAACAAAAACAUUGAUGCCUUCUUGAGCAGAUAUGAAAAGGCUGUGGUUCGUCUCAGGGAGCUGCAGGUGAGGCUGGAUGAUUUCGAACGAAUAAAACUAAUUGGCAGGGGAGCCUAUGGAGCGGUGCAGCUGGUGCGGCACAAGGUGUCUAAACAAGUGUAUGCUAUGAAACAACUGAGUAAGUUUGAGAUGAUCAAGCGCUCUGACUCAGCUUUCUUCUGGGAGGAGCGCGACAUCAUGGCCUUCUCCAACAGCCCCUGGAUCGUUCAGCUGUGCUGCGCAUUCCAAGACGAGCGGCACUUGUACCUGGUGAUGGAGUUCAUGCCAGGUGGAGAUGUGGUGACCCUGACCAUGAACUAUGACAUGCCGGAAAAGUGGGCUCGCUUCUACACAGCUGAGAUGGUGCUGGCGCUGGACGCCAUCCACUCGCUGGGCUUCAUUCACAGAGACAUCAAACCUGAUAAUAUGCUGCUGGACCGUAAUGGCCACCUCAAGCUUGCUGACUUCGGAACCUGCAUGAAAAUGGACAAGUCUGGGAUGGUCCGCUGUGACACAGCUGUGGGAACUCCUGACUACAUUUCGCCAGAGGUGCUGAUGUCACAGGGUGGGACAGGUUACUAUGGACGUGAGUGUGAUUGGUGGUCUGUGGGUGUCGUCAUCUAUGAGCUACUGGUUGGUGACACGCCGUUCUAUGCGGAGUCGCUGGUGGGCACUUAUGGAAAGAUCAUGGACCACAAAAACAGCCUGGCCUUCCCUGAUGAUGUGGAAAUGUCCAAAGAAGCUAAAAACCUGAUCUGUGCCUUCCUGACUGACAGGGAGGUGAGGCUGGGCCGGACAGGAGUGGAGGAAAUCAAAUCUCAUCCCUUCUUCAAAAACGACCAGUGGACCUUCGACACCAUAAGAGACACCAUGGCUCCAGUGGUGCCGGAGUUAAACAGUGAUAUUGACACCAGUCAUUUUGAUGACAUUGAGGAUGAGAAAGGAGACGUGGAGACCUUCCCUCCCCCCCGUGCCUUUGUAGGCAACCAACUACCUUUUGUGGGCUUUACCUACUUCAGGGAGGACCAGUUGAUGAGCUACAGAGAGAGCUCUGCAGAAGAGGAAUUGGAAGUCUGUACUGAUGGUCACUUGGAAAAGAAGCGUCACUUAGACAACUCUGAGUCUAAUGAUCUGCAGAAGAAGCUGAGUAAGUUAGAAGAAAAGUUCAAACAUGAGAUGCAAGCCAAGGAUGAACUGGAGAGCAAAUGCAGAACUGCAAAUGAUCGACUAGACAAACUGUCCAAGGAGCUUGAAGAGGAGAUGAGCACUAGGCACAAGGCGGAGGACUCUUUGAGGAAGCUGGAGAGAGAGAAAGCUCUGCUGCAGCACCAGAACACAGAGAGUCUGAGAAAAGCUGAUCUGGAGACAGAGCGGAAGCGAGGAUUAGAGAAUGAAGUGAACAGUCUGAAAGAGCAGCUGGCUGAGCUGAAAAAGAAGAGCCACAACUCACAGAUCUCCACUGAGAAGAACAUCCACCUGGAGAGACAGUUAGAGGAGGUGAGUGCUAAGCUGCAGGUGGAAGUGAAGGAAUCUGAGCGUCUGAAGAAAGCUCAGGGUGAGGCUGUAAAGCAAGCCCAACAGCUGGAGCUCUCUCUGCGGGAGCUGCAAGAGCGGCAGACCCAGCUGGAGAACAGCAAGCUGGGGCUGGAACAGGAAAAGCUCAGCCUACAGGACGCCCUAGAGGGUGAGAAGAGGGAGCGCAGCCACAGCUCCGAAAUCAUCACCGACCUGCAGGCUCGUGUCUCAGGUCUGGAGGAUGAGCUGAAACAGAUGAAAAGUUCUCUUUCUAAGGCUGAGGGGGAGAAGAGACAGCUACAGGAGGAACUGACCGAUCUGGAGAAGGUAAGAAGUCAGCAGGAAAUAGACCUCUCCUUCAAACUCAAAUCUGUCCAGCAGCGUUUGGAGCAGGAGGAGGAGGAACAUAAAGCCACUAAAGCUCGCCUUGCUGACCACAGCAAACUCAACCAGUCCAUCGAGGAGGCCAAGUCUGAAGUGCUGAGAGACAUGGAGCGUAAACUACAGGAGGAGCGCCUGGCUAAGCAGCAGCUGGAGGGUAAACUGAUGCAGAUGGAGAAACAUCACUCAGUUUUAGACUGCGACUACAAACAGGCCCAGCACGAGCUGCAGGAGCUGCGCUCACACAAAAACAAACUCACUGAGGAGGUGGAUGUGCUGACUGUGCGCGUAGAGCAGGAGACUCAACGGAGGAAUCUGUCUCAAGCUGAUCUGAAAGCUCAUAGACAGGAGGUCAGCACACUGCGCUCCUCAGAAAAACAACUCAAACAAGAGCUGAACCACCUGCUGGAGCUCAAACUCAGCCUGGAGAAACAUAACCAGGAGCUGCGCAGGGAGAGAGAAGAUUCUGAGCUCCAUCUGAAGGAGUUAAAGGACCAGCUGGAGGCAGAGCAGUAUUUCACAAACCUGUAUAAGACUCAGAUUCGUGAGCUGAAGGAGGAAUGUGAUGAAAAAAUGAAGUUGUACCAGGACGCACAGCAGAGACUGGAGGAUCUACAGGAAGAGAGGGACUCUCUGGCCGCUCAGCUGGAGGCAAGUCUAACAAAGGCGGAUUCAGAGCAGCUGGCGCGCUCCAUCGCUGAGGAGCAGUACUCGGACCUGGAGAAGGAAAAAAUCAUGAAAGAGCUGGAGAUCAAAGAUAUGAUAGCAAGACACCGACAGGAGCUCAGUGACAAGGACAAUACUAUCAGCUCGCUAGAGGAGUCCAACCGCACUCUAACUGUGGAUGUAGCCAAUCUGGCCAGUGAGAAAGAAGAGAUCAAUAAUCAGCUCAAAGAGCUACAACAGCAGUUGCUAAAGACUAAAGAAGAGGAGAAGCAGCUGAGCGUUGUGAAGGUGUCCUUUGAGAAGCAGCUUCAGUCAGAGAGAACACUAAAGAUCCAGGCCGUUAAUAAGCUGGCUGAGAUCAUGAACAAGAAGGAAUUAGUGCCCAGUGGCCGGCGUGGCGAUGACAUCGAGCUGCGCAGGAGAGAGAAAGAAAACAGGAAGUUGCAGCUGGAGCUGCGCUCUGAGAAAGAGAAACUCAACAGCACCAUCAUCAAAUACCAGAAAGAGAUCAACGAGAUGCAGGCUUUGAUAAUGGAGGACUCUCAGGUGCGUUUAGAACUGCAGAUGGCUCUGGACAGCAAGGACAGUGAUAUAGAGCGUCUGCGCAGUCAGCUGACCUCUCUCAGCAUCCACUCUCUAGACACCACCAGCAUCAGUAGCACAGGCAACGAGCUGGACAAUGAGCUUUACCCAGUACGCAUCACACAUUCACAAACCUCGGAGUCCAUGUCGUUCACAUACCAGCGAAGCUCCAAAUCGGUUAGUAUCGACACUCGGCCAUGCCGCAUCACCCCCUUCUUCCCCUCUGACUCUGAGGAAGAGGAAGAGGACGAGGAAGAACGGCAACGGCCUCGACUGGCCCUUACCUACGAGCGGCCUGCUGACCACGAGGCUGCAGACUCUAGUCUUGAGGGCUGGCUGUCCGUUCCAAGCAAGAACACAAAGAGAUUUGGAUGGGAUAAGAAGUAUGUGGUGAUGAGCAGUAAGAAGAUCCUUUUCUAUGACUCUGAGGAAGACAGAGAGCAGUCCAACCCAUUUAUGAUACUGGACAUAGAUAAACUUUUCCAUGUCCGGCCUGUCACUCAAACUGAUGUGUACCGUGCAGAUGCCAGAGAGAUCCCACGUAUUUUCCAGAUCCUCUACGACAACGAGGGUGAGAGUAAGAAGGAUCAGGAGGCUGCCAUGGAGCUUUCUGCAGCCGAGAGGUCAGCAUGCAUCUCCCACAAAGGUCAUGAGUUUGUGCCGACACUCUAUCAUUUCCCCUCUAGCUGUGAGGUGUGCCCCCGGCCACUCUGGCACGUCUUCAAGCCCCCACCAGCCCUGGAAUGCCGUCGCUGCCACGUGAAAUGCCACAAAGACCACCUGGAUCGCAAAGAGGAAGUGCUUGCGCCCUGCAAAGUGAACUACGACAUGUCCACGGCUAAGGAGCUGCUGCUGCUGGCUAGCUCGACGGCGGAGCAGCAGAAAUGGGUCAGUCGUCUGCUGAAGCGAAUCCCCCGCAAAUUCUCUGCCCCAGUCCCAGCCCUGACCAACACACCACCUCAGGAGACCCCGGUCGGGUCACCGCCGCUGCCCUCGCCCCACUUAUCCCCCCGCAACUCCCCAAAACUUGUUCCUAGAGGAGCUAUCAGGGUGUCAAACAGAGGCCCUCCGCCUUCUGCCAAGACCAGUGUGAUAGAGUUUGACCUGAAGGACUGGGGUUGGGCUCUUCAUGAGGAUGAUGAUGAGGAUGAUGACGGCGAUGUGUUUGACUUCUAAGGAUGUGGGAGGCUCUAGGCUAACCUUGAUGAACGUUGGAUCAGACACAGCCCCAUGUAGCAGACGCUGCAGCUCACUGGACAUUACAGAAAGGACCUUACAGGCAAAUCCGGGCAAAAGGCUAAUGAACUACAUCUACUGGUGAAUUUCAUAUGAAUAUCAUACAUGCCCCACCAUUUAACCCUGCACAUGCAAGUGUGCCAGAUUAACCUGAAGAGUAAUAUGUGGCUUUUACCAGAGCUGAGCUUUUUAUAUAUGCCUUCAUAUGAAAAGUUUCCAAAGAUCAGAAAGUCAAUGUUGCAGUGUGAAAGUGUUGAAAAGUAUUAAGACAUUGUGUUUGUGUUUGUGUAUUUGUGUGGAUGAAUGGUUUUGUAUGCAAGUUAGUUAGUCAGUCAGGAAAUCUGAUAUUCUGAAUUUGUAUACUCAAGUACAGUAUUUCUUUAAGAAAAGCAGCCAGACAUUUAAUUGCAAACACUACAUUUUAGCUUGCUCAAUACUAAAGGAAAACAUAAUGAUGGAAGAUUCAGAAAGAGCCAGUUUGUCUGAUAUGGUGUCUAUUUGAAGGAAGGAAUACAGAACACUAAUUUUUGAUUUGAAAGAUGCAGUGCACUGCACAUUUUAUUUUAUGCAUUGCCAGUUCAUAACUAGACAUACAACUACCUAAGCAUGUGCAGCUCUGGUCCAAACUCUUUUGUAUUCAAGAUCUAUAGAACACACAGAAAAUGUCUACUGACUAAAUCCUGGUUAAUGUUGUGAAAUGCUAAAAAGAUUUAUUUGAGAAAAAAGAAAUAAAUGUUUUAUUUGGUGAAACUA